UUCUGAUCUUCUGUCAUUGUCUCUGUGGGGCUGAGUCGGAUCCAGAGGGCAGAGCAUGGCCGGAAGCUCCCAGUGGAGGUCCCAGGGCCAGCUAAGGUCCUUGGCCCAAGUCCUGGCAGCAGAAGGCUAUGGAGUGGCCACAAUUAUUCCCAGAAUGGAAGUGAGGGGGCUCCCGCCACAGCAGGCCCCCAGCCCAACCUGGCCCGGCCAGAGAUACCUGCCCCGGGAGCUGAGCCCACCAGGCUUCCUGCCUCCAGCCUGGCACCAGCAGAAACCCAGGAAGAGGAGCAGCCUUCUCAAGGAGCUGGGCGCCUUCCAUGUUGUCAUCGCUCUGCUGCACUUGUUCUUUGGGGCUUACCUGGUCUCUACUGUCACAGAUCUUCACCUGGUGGUGCUGAAGUCUUGGUAUCCAUUCUGGGGGGCUGCCUCUUUUCUCAUUUCAGGGAUCUUGGUGAUAACGACGGGCAUGGUCUUGAAGACUUAUCUGAAGAUACUUUGCCUGACAGCACACGGCAUCAGCUUCUUCUGCGUGCUAGCGGGCCUCUUUGUCAUUGCCAAAGAUCUCUUUCUGGAGAGGACGUUUGAUUUCCCGAUCUGGACCCCGUACCCCAACAGCACAGUCUACAUCCAGAGGCUGGAGCUGGCUCUGCUCUGCUUCUCCUUCCUGGAGUUCUUCCUGCUGAGCUACACGGCCGUCACAGUGUGCAGGGCUGGCCGCCGGCCUGCAGAGGAAGGUGACUUAUCCUUUGCUCCAGACACAUCAUCGUGGGGGCUCAGGGGGCCACCGAUGAGUCCUCCACCAACCUAUGAGGAUGUGACUUGGCGUGACAUGUAAGACGAGCCAGAGCAGAGGGCGCCUACGUGGCUCAGUCAGUUGAGCGUCUGACUUCGGGCCAGGUCGUGAUCUCACGGUUUGUGGGUUCAAACCCCGCAUCAGGCUCUCUGCUGUCAGCUCAGAGCCUGCUUCAGAUCCUCUG